GAGGCGAGGGGCGGCGGCGGCGGCGGCGCGGCUGGGGCUCCGCCCCCGUUUCACUCAGAGGCCCCCGCCGGCUCCUCCCUCCCGGUAGCUGAGUCGCUUCUGUGGCAGCGGCAGCGGCAGCAUGGCGGCCGUGGAGACCCGGGUGUGUGAAACGGCUGGGUGCAGCCACGAGGCCAAGCUGCAGUGCCCGACCUGCAUCAAGCUGGGCAUCCAGGGCUCCUACUUCUGCUCCCAGGAAUGUUUUAAGGGAAGCUGGGCCACUCACAAGUUACUACACAAGAAAGCAAAAGAUGAAAAAACUAAACGUGAAGUUUCGUCUUGGACUGUGGAAGAUGACAUUAACACAGAUCCCUGGGCUGGUUAUCGAUAUACUGGUAAACUUAGGCCACAUUAUCCCCUAAUGCCAACGAGGCCUGUGCCAAGUUAUAUUCAGAGACCAGAUUAUGCUGAUCACCCACUAGGUAUGUCUGAAUCAGAACAGGCACUUAAAGGAACUUCUCAAAUAAAAAUCCUCUCAUGUGAAGAUAUAGAAGGAAUGCGAUUAGUGUGUAGGCUUGCUAGAGAAGUGUUGGAUGUUGCUGCCAUGAUGGUGAAACCAGGCAUAACUACUGAAGAAAUAGAUCAUGCUGUCCAUCUAGCUUGCAUUGCAAGGAACUGCUAUCCUUCCCCGUUGAAUUAUUAUAAUUUCCCUAAGUCAUGCUGUACGUCAGUGAAUGAAGUGAUCUGCCAUGGAAUUCCUGACAGGCGGCCAUUGCAAGAGGGUGAUAUUGUUAAUGUGGAUAUCACAAUAUAUCGCAAUGGUUAUCAUGGGGAUCUGAAUGAGACGUUUUAUGUUGGGGAAGUUGAUGAGGGUGCAAGGAAACUAGUUCAGACAACUUACGAGUGCCUAAUGCAAGCAAUCGAUGCAGUAAAACCUGGUGUUCGAUAUAGAGAGCUGGGAAAUAUUAUCCAGAAACACGCCCAAGCAAAUGGAUUUUCAGUUGUUCGGAGCUACUGUGGGCAUGGGAUCCAUAAGCUUUUCCAUACUGCUCCCAAUGUGCCACAUUAUGCCAAAAAUAAGGCUGUUGGAGUGAUGAAGUCUGGUCAUGUGUUUACAAUUGAACCAAUGAUCUGUGAAGGUGGGUGGCAAGAUGAAACCUGGCCUGAUGGCUGGACUGCAGUGACAAGAGAUGGAAAGCGGUCUGCGCAGUUUGAGCACACACUUCUGAUCACAGAUACUGGUUGUGAAAUCUUAACUCGGCGGUCGGACAGUGUUCGUCCUCACUUCAUGUCCCAGUAUUAGUUUAGACUGAGCUGACGGAUCUGAAUAUAAUCUUUUGUCUCUGUACUAUGCAUUUUAUUAAGAGUACAGAACAGAGUGGGAUUUUAUCAUUUGUUUUGUUCUCAUUGACUGUAGAUAAGAGAGGAAUACAGCAUUUGGUAUAUAUCUUGAAGAACCUGACCCAGUGGCUGAAAAAAGGAGAGAAGUAUUUAAAAUGUUUUCUGCUUCCCUCCUACCCACGACACUCGUACUGUAUAUUUUUUUUUUAUUUUUCUUCAGUUGCCUCUUUAGCACCUUUCUUUCGAUCAGACCUGCAGUUGUUUCUGUCACAUGCAUGGUAUUAGCUAGAAAGUGCAGGUUACUUUCCCACUGGGGACUUGACGUGUUGGGCAUCAAGUCUUUUUCUCAUUUCUUCAGUGUGCCCAGCUUUUGUCUGUGUAUGAGUGGCACCUAGGAUUUUAAGUGUUUCUCGUUCCAAAGACCUGCUUAGCUACUUCUGCAACCAAUGGGCUUUGUUUAUAAUCAGAGAGGGGGAAUUGGUACAUAGAAAGAGGCACGUGUUGCCAAGACUCAUCUAUCUUCAAAUUUAGUUUUUUCCCAUCACUUUGUCAAUUGCGUCUGCUGUAAUCAAGACUUUAGACAUCUCUCUUGCUGGAAAUUGUUCGUGCUGAUUCCCUGCUGUAAAAUCACAAAAAUUGCUUUGGGCAAAGAGCUGCCUUUCUGAAGAGCAGUGGUUGGCAGAGUUCGGUGCUCCAAAAGUUCACUGUGAAACUGCUAUUUCAUACUUGACAGGGAAAGGAAUGAGCCAACUAACCAAGAAAAAAAAUGAUUUACAAGCUCCUGUGUGUUUUUACUGAGGGGCCUCUCCCCUAGAGAUAUGAGGGGAGGGGGAUUGCAAAGUGAAAGACAUUACAGCAAGACAAAUAUCAAAACUAUUUCAAAAGAAUGCUCAUGUUUGAAGAGGAAAUGUCUUAGAUACUACUGCUGCUGUAUUAGUUGUUUUCUUGAAUUUUAAGGAAGUUUUUAAUUGAAUUUUGUGCUCUUGAAAGGUGUCAGGCUGACAGGCCUGGAAACUGAAGUGCUCUGCCCUCAGACCAGAUACAGUGUGGGCAGCAGUAGUGCAAUUUUCCCCAUGCUUCUUGACUAGUGUGCCACCCUCCUGAUCUGAAAGCUACCAUCUCCAGGACUAUGGGAAUUGAUUAGCCUCUGACCCCUUCUUCCCCCUUCUCAAUCUUUAGCGUCUCUGCUGAGAUUUUUUUCUUUUCUGAAUCAAUAAUGAAAAUGAUUUCACCCACAGUUACAGACCUAAUGUCUGUCUUCCGUACAACACUGUCGUGCCAGAAAAACUUAAACCAAUGAAGACAAAUCAAAUCAUAAAACCAUGGGCAUAAAGUGCACAUUUUAUUAGGUGUCUGACUUCUUGUCACAUAGGGAGCCUGGUCUUUGAAGGUACUGAGUGUCCUCACCUCUCGUUGGCUCCAAUUAAACUUGAGGGCAGUUAAUGCUUUACAAAACUGGACCCAUUGUGGUCACAAUGAAACACGAAACUUGCCAGAAAAUGUCUUCUUUUCCCACAGUGCCUCAAACCUUUAUUGCUGUAAGAGUAUCAUUGUGAUAACAUUUUCAUUACCUUUAUUAUUUUUAAUGAUACAGUAAAAAAAAAAAAAUGACCUGAGAGAUGGUUCGUGUGCGUGCGUGCGUGUGUAGAUUUUAACUAAACAGACUGCAAUACUUGAGUGGAAUUACCUGUUCAGUGCCAUGUAUGUAAUGUAUUAAGGAGAUUAAAAGUCAGGAUGACUAUCAUGGAGAUUUGCCCACCAGACCAGUCACCUGAGUGGGUACAA